AAAAAUCAUACUGAUUAAAAAAAAACAGAGAAGAGAAGGAAAGCCAGAAGCAAGCUUGAAGAUGACAAUGAUUAAACUAGUUCCAUUACCAUUACCAUGUCCAACAUACCUAUAUACACGCCAUGGCCACAAAACCUCUUUUGCUUCCUCUUCUUCAAGCCAGAAAUCAAGAAGAGUUAUUUCUCUUUCUGCAAUUACUCUUUCACUGUCUGCUCUAUCUAGUUCUAUUUCUUGGGCAAAUCCUCAAGUUCCAAAGUUCUUGGAGCUGCCCAAUUCAGGUGGUGUCAAGGCAUUGGACCUUCGUAUUGGUAAUGGGGAAACCCCACUUGAUGGUGAUGUGGUUGCAAUUCAUUAUUAUGGGAGACUUGCUGCAAAGCAAGGAUGGCGCUUUGACUCAACCUAUGAUCACAAGGACGAAACUGGUGAACCAAUUCCUUUCUCUUUUGUCCUUGGUUCAGGCAAAGUUAUAUCAGGGAUUGAAACUGCUGUGAGAUCGAUGAAAGUAGGCGGCCUUCGUCGAGUUAUUAUCCCACCAUCUCAAGGAUAUCAGAAUACAUCCCAAGAACCCCUGCCACCUAAUUAUUUUGAUCGGCAAAGGCUUUUUACUACCAUUUUCAACCCAACCCGUCUUGCAAAUGGAGAAGGUGCAACACUGGGGACAGUCAUAUUUGAUAUUGAAUUGGUCAGCCGGAGGCAUCUCUGAUCGAUACUUAGGCAGCCGUUUUUCUCCUCUUUACUGGAGUAUGGAGCAAUUGUUGUCAAUUCGAUGAUGACGGAAGGUUUACAGAUGAUGAAAUAGUUUCUAGCUAAUGCUUGUGGGUGUUAAAGAAGCCUCGGUGAAAAGUUUGGUCCUAUGAUAUGCCCAAUUGCCAUAUAUGAAAGGCAAGGAGAGAGUGCUUGAAGGAGUUUUUAGAACUCUGGAUGAAAGGGUACAUGUGUUUAUAUAUAUAUUUUUUUUAUUCUUCAUUUAGUUUAUCGGUUUUUAUACCAUUUAAAAGAAAUCGAUAUUCUACGACUUGAUAAAGA